AAAGAAAAUGGCGGCACCGGAGCCUCAACAAGGCUACAUCACACAAAUAUUCGUGUAUAUGGAGCAAGAAAAUAACACGUCGUUUGACUUCACCCGUCCGUACAUCCGACAUUCCAUGCGCUAUGUGUACCCUUUGUUCAUGUUCCUGUACGGUAUAGUGGGACUGGUCGGUUUUGUCGGCAAUGUGGCGAUGCUAAUUGUGAUGGGCAAGAGAAGUUUGUAUCAUGACGAAACGUAUUUCUUCAUCGGGAACCUCGCGUUUUCUGAUCUAAUAAAAUGCCUUUUUGUGUUGCCGAUAUCUUUGGCUAAUAUGCUCGUCCAAAAUUGGAUUUUUGGCAGCUUCCUGUGUUUCUUCCUCCCGAUGAUCCAAUUUUUUCCUAUUCACGCAUCCAUGCUGACGUUCCUAAUGAUCGCAAUAGAUAGAUACAGGCUGAUUGUUAAUCCGUUUAAGCCUCGCGUACCAGCCGGUCUGUGCAUCAUAGCCACGUGGGUUGGCGCAAUUUGUGUGGUGCUUCCGCACGCAGUGUACAUCAAAUACAUCGACCUUGGUGCUCUGUUGGGGAAGAAGUUCAGCGGCGUAGGAAUUUGUUACGUGAACAUGGAGAAGCAUAUAGAGGAAUACUUCAGAGCGAUGUUUGUCACCCUGUAUGCCUUGCCUCUAGCAAUCAUUGGUUUCCUGUUUGUUAAGAUUUCUGCCGAGAUUAAAAGCAAGGAGACUGCCCCGGUAAUCGUUCAUUAUAGAAUCGGCAACAAUGCCCAGACGCCUCGAACCUCGGAACAGACAGAAGAUAUUGGGUCAAAGGUAACCUGGGCGACCAAUUCUGGCAGACGACUCGCAAACCCCGAGUCUGCUUCCCCUAGACACAAAGAAUACACUGAGCGCCCGACGCAAGACAGUGAUGAUGAUAUUGACCUGGCCAAAGAAAAAACUGCACAGAAUUAUUUGAUUUCGAUGGUUACCUUUUUUGCAAUAUGCUGGUGUCCUAUGUACAUUCUCAUCCUCGUUCAUUACUUUGUCCACGAAAAUGCGGACAACACUGGUCAUAUUGACGUCACAUUUAUGACGUUUGCCUGGUUUGGGUACCUCUCAACGUGUGUUAACCCGAUCCUCUUCGCCUCCUGGCGAAUGCCUUCUGAGACCAAAGAUCGAUUGAAGGGAUAUUUUCGCUUCAGCAAUAGGAGACGCAGCUCGUCGCAGAUAAGCAGGACAGAGGUUUCUGAAUCGCUUAUUGUAUCUACAACGUCUUCCCCCAGGGUAGCGAGGAUGGCCAUUCAGCCUAAGGUCAAGGUCACACUGAAGAAAAAUGAAUUUUCGCCGAACAGAACAGGCAUAAUGGUGUGAUGUUUAACAAACUAAACGGUCACCUAGAAAAAAAGUGUAUCCCAUACUGCAUAUUUUGUUUUAUGCUGGCGUGCAGUGACAUCAUGUUCGUUCUUUCUUAAUACAUUUUGAUUAGAUACUUCUAAAUGAAUGAUAUGUUACAUGUACAUCUAAAAGUAUUUGCGGUAACUCAAAUUUGUUUCGAGAAAUGAAUUGUGAUACUUAUGUUUCAAACGUUGUUGACAAUUAAACAGAAUUUAACAUGUCAUAAACCAAACGAAUUCAAGGAUAAAUGUAUGUUGUAUGUGGAAACUUUAUGUAAUAUAUACAUACGACUGCAUGUUGUAUAUAGAAACUUAAUGUAAUAUAUACAUACGACUGUAUGUUGUAUAUAGAAACGUAAUGUAAUACAUACAUACGACUGUAUGUAACCACAGUGAAUACCAAUCAGAUCACGUUUAUCUUAACAAAUGAUUGUUUUUAACUUAAUUUGCAAUAAUACAAAUCUGCAACAAUACAAAGUGUAUUAUCCAAAAUGGCUAAAAAUUUGUAAAUCAAAUAAAAAGUAAUACAAUAGAAUAUACCAUACAUUUUAUGAAAAUAAACAUGAUAGUUUCAAUACAAUGUUGCAUUCAAUGUUAUUUAACAUUUUUAGUAAAUUUGUUUAUGAGCCAUCAGUUCGUAUAUGUGUAUGGCACAUAUUAUUUUCUGCAUAUCUAGAAAAAUUACAUUUAUGACAUGUGAGCCGGGUCAGAUGCUAAUGGAUAUUAUGCCAUAUGCGGCCUGCGUAGCUCCAGACCAGCUUGCGCCUCCGCGGCAACAGGUUUCGAGCUCUCCUGACCAUACUGUGCGAUGGAGCGUAUUGGUCUAUAUAUAUAAAAUGACAUUAUUUUGAAAAUAAAUCGGUAUUGUAUGUGUGAAUGAAACUCUACGUGAUUAUGUUAAUUUACUUUUUAUUUUCUGUUGUGUUUUUGUUUGCAGCAUACUAAUUUAUUUUCUCGUUCGUAAAAUGCAUGUGUUAAAUCGUUAUAUUUAAAAAUUGGGUAUUAAUCCGGCAUAGUUGUAUAAUACUUAUUGCUUAAAUGGUAUUUUUUUAUAGUUUUUUAUUUGCUAAGAAAAAUACAUAUGUAUAAUAUGUAUAUUUAAUCGCUUUAAUCGUACAAUAAUUGUCAGGAUUUUCGCAUUUUAUUAUUUCCUUAUUGGAAAUAAUCAUUUUUGGUUUAAAAGGUUACACAAAGGUUUUUGCAAUUAGCAACAGAACCAAUGAACCUUAAGAUAAUUGCAUUCUAUCACUUCCGUAUUGCAUUCAUUAAAGACGUUUGCGAGAGAAUAGUAACGUGUUUAUAUUGUUAUUAUUUUAUUUUAAGAUAAGCUUAUUUAUCUUUCGCGGAAUUGUAUGAAUCAUAGUGAUUUAAUCCUGACAAUCGACACUAUAAAUACAUGUUUUGAGCCGCGUUAUGCGAAAAAGUAUUUGAUUCGAUAUUCGGCAAGCGUAGCUCCUUAUCAGCCCGCGUUGGAAAUACUUUUCGUUUUGGCGUGGUCUUGUCUUGCAGGAUUACCCGGAGGAAACCCCACCCGUCCGGUAUGGUGACCACCAAUUAAACUCAUAUACUUCCAGGAACGGGGAUUGAACCCGUGUCGCCUAGGUGAGAAGCGCUUGCACUAGCCGAUAUCGCUACACGGACACUCUGUCAGGUCCACAGCUACACUGUCCUCAUAAAAGUCACUCAAGAGUUCGUGGUCUCUUCAGCCAAAAUAGUAGCUCCUCAAAAUAGUAAGCGGAUUCAAAGACUGGUCUGGAGCUUCGCUGGGCCAUAUGGCAUAAGACAUAUUUUCGCUUGACGCGGUUCGUUUUUUUAAUGCCGCGGCUCAUCCAUAUGAUGUUUUUAAAGAGGCUUUUUCACAGAUUUUGUAUGUUUUAAAGUUUGCCAUAAAAUGCUUUAUUUUGAUAAAUGUAAACAUUGGAUCUAAAAAGCUACAGUAAAAAACAUAAAUAUAAUUAAAGAAAGAAAAAAAAGUAACUCUCAACUGGGCUCGAACCACUGACCCCUGGAGUACAGGGAGCAAAAGUCUAUCGCUAAUACCAAUCGGCUAUCCGUGCUCAUACAAUGAUUUUUGUAUUUUAUACUUUAUAUCAGCAGUCCUCGUAGUAUCACACAAUAUAACGACAACAACAAAACUCUCCAAAUUAUUCAAUCGUUUCGCGUUGCAACGCUUUAUAAUUUUUAGGUUUUUAAAUCGUCAUGUUCAGUAUUAGUGUUUCCUCGCAAAUAUCAUAACUACAACCAUAAUUUGCGAAUCUGAAACAACUCUUUUUAAUAUUGUCAAUUUACCAAAUCGUGAAAAGGCCCCUUUAACAGUUCUUACUUGCGGAUGCAGCGAUUUGAUUUGUAUAAAUAAGAUUUGCAUGUUUAACAUAAUUCAACUGUGAUUAACAUUUCAAGAUUUUCUAAACUGUAUAAGUAAUAAAUAAAUCAUAUUUUAUUACCAUGCCCGAAUGUGUUACUUGGAUACGGGAGUACGUGAUAUUGAAAAGUUCACAAUUAAAACAUUAAGAGCGAUCAUAAGCUGAUAAAUGGCUUUUUAUCAAAUAACUUUUUGAAAUAAAUUUUCACCUAUAGCAUGACAUACAAACUAAAAGACCGCUUGUGGCAAAAUGAAAUUCUGCGGAAAUAAUUUAAAAACAAAUCCUCUUAUCCUUGUCAAAAUUUGACGUGUUCAGAAUGUAUGUUGGUAGUGAUUUUCGAUACAUAUAGAGCUUCGUUACUUGAAUUAAAACUAGAAAACGAAAGAAGUGUUGUAUUUUAUGCGUUUUAAUAUGUUAGUAGCAUAACGAUAAGCAAAGAUAUUAAAAGAAAACAUUCCUAUCUGCAUGUUAACCUCCCGAUCAGACCUUGUGAAAAUCCCGAUGAUUGUAUAACCAAAGUAUACGAAACACGUUUUAAUCUUGCUCAAUCAUAACAAUUCGGUCUCAUGAUGAGUUUUAUAAAACCUAAAGGAUAUUGUAAUUUGAAAAU